AUGGCAUCGCAAGAUGACAUAAGCGAUCUUGAGGUUGACCCUGGCCAAGGCGUGCACUUGCCCCAAGGUGCACAGGCGAGCCAGGCUUCAGCGUCAGCAGCACAGAAUCCGUUCAGCCCUGGCAGUCCGCAAGCGCAGGGUAUGCAUGUGACGCCAGAUGAUAUGAUGACCAUGAUGAGACAGAUGAUGGAGGCGACGACUGCAGCAGCAACCGCUGCACAGGCUGCCCUGAGUGCAGCAACGUCGCAAGGCAAUGCAAAGCAGGGAAUUGCAGGCAGUGACAUGGCCCGCAUUCUCCCGAAACCCGAUGUGUUUAAGCCUGCCACGAGAGAGGAAGAGCAUGGCAUGUGGCUGCAGUGGUUUUGGAGCCUCAAGCAGUACUUAUGUGCCCUUGAUUCUGCUUUUGGAGAUGAAAUUGCAUAUCUUGAGCAGCACCCUGAUGAAGAGGGUCAAGGGUAUAAAAGUCCUGAGGCAGCCCAACGAUCCAAGCAGCUGUUUGCACUCUUGUGCAGCCUUGUGAAGGGCAGGGGCCUGCAGCUGAUCCAGCGAGUGCCUGCCCAGUCAGGCUUCGAGGCCCUGAGGCAGCUCAUCCAGCUGUUUCAGCCGACGUCGAGAACGCGAUCGCUUGGCAUCUUGAGUGCAAUCACCAGCAUGAACCACUUCAAGGGCAAUGAGCCAUUGUUGCCUCAAGUCUUAGAUAUGGAACGUAUCUUUGAGGAGUAUGAACGCAGUAGCGGCAAGAAAUUGGACGAUGAUUUCAAGACCAGUAUUUUUCUUCGUUCAAUCACCCAGAGCAUGCGCAACCAUCUCGCGACAAUUCUUACUGAAGAUGUCACGUAUGAUGCCUUGAGGGAAGCCGCCUUGCGUUUUGAAAGAAUGAAUGCCAAGUGGGAUGCUCGCAAUCUGUUUGCAGGAGACAGCCUCUUUGCCAACAGGAGGCAACCUGCAGGGCCUAACGAUGGGCCCGUGCCGAUGGAGGGCAGAGGCGACAAAGGCCAGAAAGGAAACCCCAAAGGUCCUGAUGCAGGCAAAGGUGCCCGACAGAAUGUCAUCUGUCAUGCAUGCGGCAAGCGAGGGCAUUACAAGAGUGAGUGCUGGCAGAACGUGCAACAUGUGCAGGGAGAUGAUGCGAGCACCACUGCCCCCAGCACGGCUGGACCGUCAGCGUCGCAAGUCAGGCCAUCUCCUGACACCAGCACAACAAUGCGUUCUGUGAACAUGGUUCAGAUCGACAUGACGGGUGACUGGUGCGGUGGAAGCAUCAAUGCACUCACCGCGGACUCUUGUCCCGCUGCCGGGGAUGAUUUCCUCAAGGUUGUUAAGUCGCUAGCCCUGAUCCCGCACGGGUACCCUAGCCUCCCCAACCUUGUGCCAGUGCAGGAGAGCAACGAUCUCGUUGCGAUUGCCGAGCCAGAAUGCACAGUGUUUGCUCAGGCGAUUGCCGAGCCAGAAUACACAGUGUUAGCCCAGCAGUGCGGUGUUGAGGUCUAUGAUAUGUCAGCAACAGACGGUGAUGAAGAUUGGACCGUUUGUGAUGGUGUGCUUCCUGCCACAGCCACUACGGAAGUGACAUCAGGCGUGUAUGCCAGGCGUGACAUGUCCGACUGCCUUCUUGAUUGCACUGUCCCUUUGACGCACUUAGGAGUCCAGUUCCGGACUACGCUAAGGCAAGAGGCGAGUGGCUGGGCUGUUUUCGAACUGAACACGCCGCUGAGCUCACUUGACCUGUCAGAAGCUUCCUUUGUGCCGAGCCGCAUCCACAAUAUCAUCACCAUCGGAUCAUGCAGCAAAAUCAACAUCGAUGAACUGUUUGGGAGAGUGCCGCCAGCCCGGCGAGACCAUGUAUCGGAAGAUGCAGAGUCCGAUGCAGGGUUACCAGACGUUCCGAUAGGUGGAGUUGGCAACAUAGCGGGACCCGAUGACGAAAUCCAGGAAGGAGAUGAGCUUCCGGGGCAAGAGGCGGAGGAAGUGAUGCAGCCGGCCAUGCGUGCACAUGUGGUUGUGGAAGGGGUUGAGCUUCAUGAGGGAUGCACCUUGUCCACAUUGCGAGCUGCUUGCACGGCAUUGGGCAUCGGCAAGAGUGGAGGCAAGGCAACCGUCUUGCAGCGCAUCCACAACUUCAUGGACCGCCAGAGAUUGCUCGCACGACAUCAGAUCGAGGAUGCAAGAGUCCAAUUGCCCCGAGAGCAAGCACCCGUUUCUGAGCCUACUCCUGAGGAAAUGCGUCGCCACGCAUUGUCGCAUAUCCCUUUCAUGCCUUGGUGCGAGCACUGCGUCAAGUUCCAAGCCCGUGCUGACCGCCAUGUCCAAGCAGGAACCGUGGCGUUCAAGUUCAUGGUUGCACAGAAGUCGCGGAUGAAACUUGAUACGCAUCUUGAACAACUGGAGGCCGCUGACCACCAAGCAAACCCCAGCGAGCAAACCGUGGAUCAGCUCAGGCAGCUCACGGGAACGCUGCUAAGCCAAGUUGAAGCCGAGACUGGCCAAAAGGUCAGCACGAUGUCUCCACUCCAUGCGUGGGCGUGGAAGCACGCGUGUUGGCUGCAGAUGCGCUACGGGCGCAGUGGAUUUGCCAGUCCGUUUGAAGUGAUAACAGGGCGCCCGUACAAUGGCAAAGUUGUGGGGUUUGGAGAGGUUGUUUUCGCAAGGAUUAAGAGUUCUAUCAAGGGCAAAGCCAGAUGGAUAAAGAUGUUGUGGUUGGGAAAGUUGGGGGUAUCAGAUUUGCAUUUUGGAGUCACACCUGGAGGUUUCUUGAUUUCCAGCAGGAGCGUCAGACGGCUGCCAAAGCAGUACGAUGCAUCUUUGCUUGAGUCACUGCGCGACAUGCCAUGGAGUCAAGCAAGCUUCCUUGCAGGGCAAGUCGGCCAGGCCAGAAUGCAGAGAACCCCUGUUCGAGGAGAAGAAGAAGAGGUGCAACAGCCUCUGCCUGAGGUUGUGUUGCCUGAAAGACCACCACUUCCAUAUCCCGGUUAUGUCCUGCCUGACAAUGCACCGCUUGAAGAACUCAUUCCUCCACCAGCCAUUAUUGCAUCAGGCACACCGGAACCUCCUACGCCUGUUCAAACAUCGGCCGAGACACCGCUUCCCACGGCUGCCGAGCCUAGCACGCCCAUGCUUGUUGAUUCCGAUGCACCACCACCACAGCAGGAGGCGAGGCCAUCAGGGGCAGGCGGGGAUGAGCAGCCAGCACCCAAAAGGGCACGAAUCCGGUUGCGCUUAGAUGCAGUUCAAGUGGACAAAGACGGCAACGAACUACACAAUGUCGAUGAACAGAUUGAACUCUUCGAUGAGGCUGCUGAAGGUUUCAUGGACUGUGAGGAGUCCGAGGCUUGGGACAACUACGACGAUGACGCUGGUGCGCGGGGUGUUUAG